AUGGCCUAAGUUCCGGAAGCUUCCUUGGUCUCCAGGUCUUUGGUCGGCUGGAGCUCAGAUGGGGGAGGAGCUUCGCCCUCGGAGGCGGCUAAGAAGGCCGAGGAAAUGGAGAAGGAGACGGUGGGGGCGGCGAAGGCGUGUUCAGGCCAGGGAGCUGAGGAGAUGAAGCUGGAGCCAUUACAGGAGCGUAAGCGCGCAUCUGAGGAGAACUUCAAGUGGAGUGGGAGCAGCAGCAGCGGCGGCAACGAGAAGGUGCUCCUUUCAACACUCCCUCGCUGUUUCAGCACAUCCUCGUCCCUUUGCCUGCGCCGCAAGUCCCGCCGUCGGCUCCAGCCCCGGGCCCGAUCCAGAGGCCCGCCCAGGCCAAGGGCCCCACCCUCGCCUCCAGUCCAUCCUCCCCUUCUGCCUUCGCCCCAGCCUCCCUGGCGAAGAUCUCGGCGUAGAUCCCGGCCUGGAUCCAGGCCCCAGAUCCGGCAAAGCUGUUCUGGUGACCUAGACAGCUCUGGGGAUCGUGGUGGCUUAGGGGAGUGGUUGCUGGAAGUGGAUUUUGGGCAGGGUCCCAGAGGCUUCUCUCAUGUGGGGAGCUUUAAAGUAGCUAAGAACUGGCAGAAGAACCUGUGGUUGAUCUAUCAGCGUUUCAUUUGGAGUAGGAUCCCUGAGACUAGGAAGCGUAAAGCAAAGUCGUGCAUCUGUCAUGUAUGUAGUUCCCAUAUGAACAGACUCCACUCUUGUCUCUCUUGUGUCUUUUUUGGCUGCCUGACUGAGAAACAUAUUCACAAACAUGCAGAAAUGAAACAGCACAAUUUAGCUGUAAACCUCUAUCAUGGAGUUAUAUAUUGCUUUAUGUGUAAGGAUUACGUAUAUGACAAAGACAUAGAACAGACUGCCAAGGAAGCAAAAGAGAAAAUUUUGGAAUUAUUAACAUCCACCUCAACAGAUGUUUCCCAACAACAGUGUCUGACAUCGGGUGAAGAGGCGCAAUCAACCUGUGAGUCAAAAGAACAGGCUAAAAUGGUGAAAGCCAAGGAAAAAAGGAGAAAAAAGUCAGUUUAUACUGUAGGCCUCAGCGGGCUACUCAGUCUUGGGAACACCUGCUUUAUGAAUUGUAUUGUCCAAGCACUUACCCAUAUUCCUCUACUGAAAGACUUCUUCUCUGACAAGCACAAAUGCAUAAUGACAAGUCCCAGCUUAUGUCUUGUCUGUGAAAUGUCUUCACUUUUUCAUGCUAUGUACUCUGAAAGCCGAACUCACAUUCCUUGUAAGUUACUGCACCUGAUAUGGAUUCAUGCAGAACACUUAGCAGGGUACAGGCAGCAAGAUGCCCACGAGUUCCUUAUUUCAAUAUUAGAUGUGCUGCAUAAUCACAGCAAAGAUGAAUGUGAUGGGCAGGAAUUCAGUAACCCCAACUGCUGUAACGGUAUCAUAGACCAAAUCUUUAUAGGUGGCUUGCAGUCAGAUGUCACAUGUCAGGCUUACCAUAGUGUCUCCACCACAAUAGACCCAUGCUGGGACAUCAGUUUGGAUUUGCCUGGCUUUUGUCCCAUAUUCAGUUCCCAGAGUCCAGAGAGGGGUGACAGCAUGUUGAAUAGGGAUGGCCACAUACCAGGAAUUCCUCUCACAGACUGCCUACAGUGCUUUACAAGGCCAGAGCACCUCAGCAGCAACAAAAUCAAAUGCAGUAGUUGCCAAAGCUACCAAGAAUCUACCAAACAGCUCACAAUGAAGAAAUUACCUAUUGUGGCCUGUUUUCAUCUCAAACGAUUUGAACCUGUAGGCAAACAGAGGUGAAAGAUUAACUUUAUCUCCUUUUAUUUGGAAAUGGACAUGACUCCGUUCUUGGCCUUCACUGAAGAGCACAGAAUGAAAGAAGUCUAGCCACCAACAGAUUGUACACCCAGUGAGAAUAAGUAUUCCUUGUUGGCAGUGAUUAAUCACCAUGGUACUUUGGAAAGUGAACACUACACAAGCUUUAUCUGGCAACAAAAGGACCAGUGUUUCAGCUGUGAUGAUGCCAUCAUCCCCAAGGCUGCCAUUGAGAACUUACUCUACAGUGAAGGGUAUUUACUGUUCUAGCACAAACAGGAUAUGGAGAAAGACUAAUCUUAACAGACCGCUUACCAGAGAAAAGUAAAAGAAAUGAAUAAGCAAGGAUCCUGAAGUGACACACAAACCUACCUGGAAUGGACAAUGACUAUACCCAGACAACAACAAGCACCUCUUGAAAAAUCACAAAAAAAAACUACCUACAAUGGACAAGGACAAUAGCACCUAUAUGAUAAUUAACACCUUGAUUUAAAGAACCCAUUUUACUAUGGCCUGUGGAUCUACGGAAAAAAAAUUAAUAGUAACCAGCGACUGUUCAGCCAUAAGAAAUAGGAAGAGGGAAAAGAGUUUGAAAAUCAUCACAUAAAAUAAUUAAAUGAAUGCUUUAGGUGGGGAGAGUGGGAAUAGAGAUUCUGGCACUACUAUAUGUCAUUUGUUUCUACAAAAAUCCUUGGGAAGUCAGAGUAUUCCUUCAUCAGCAAAAAGCUUCACACUGUUGUUCUAGCUGUGGCUGACCAAAUAAUUUGGAGAAAAGGAGAAUAUUUUAAAAGAAAUUUUAAAAAGCUUUCAAAGAAAAACAUUUAAUAAAAACAUGUUUUUAAUUUUAAAAGAAACAUGUU